UCGCCACUCUAUAAGGUGAGGUGAAAGCAAAAGCGAGUUAACGAGAGAACGCAAGCCCUCAUAUACCUGUCUGAUCAGUCGUUUUGGGUUCACUCUGUGUCUAGAAUGGCGUACAAAUCAUGCCUAGUGGACGAUCUGUCCUGUUCUGUUUGUUGUGACAUCUUUAAUGACCCUGUUAUCCUAUCGUGUAGUCACAGUUUCUGCAAGGGCUGUUUGCAGAGUUGGUGGAUGCGAAACCAGGAACAGCAGUGUCCACUUUGCAAGAGGAGAUCUUCAAAGACCGAACCACCCAGGAACAUCGCUCUGAAGAACCUGUCGGAGGCCUUUCAGCGGGAGAACGCGGAUCUCUGCGCUCUGCACGGUGAGAAACUCAAGCUCUUCUGUCUCGAUGACCUGGAGACGGCGUGUGUCAUCUGUCGACACUCUGAAAAACAUGCUAACCACAGAUUCCUUCCUGUGGAUGAAGCUGCCCUGAUCCACAGGGAAGAAAUUCAGAAAUUAAUGAAACCCCAGAAGGAGAAGUUAAACGAUUUCGUUGAGACCAAGAGAAAGUGUGAGGACAUAGCAGCAGACAUUAAUGUCCAGACCGCGCACACCGAGAGACGGAUUCAAAAGGAGUUUGAGAAGCUUCACCAGCUUCUCCAAGAUGAAGAGAAGUCCAUGAUCACUGCGCUGAGAGGCGAAGAGCAGUUGAAAGGUCAGAAGAUGAACAAGGAGAUUGAGGUGUGGUCGAAGCAGAUAGAAAUCAUUUCACACACAGUCACCGAGACUGAGCAGCAGCUGGGGGCUGGAGACAUUUCCUUCCUGAAGAAGUUCAAGGCUACAAGAGAGAAAAUAGCUCGGCCCCGACCCUCGCCAGCUCUACCCAAGGGAGCGCAGCUGGACGUGGAAAAACACCUGGGCAACCUGGCCUACGCAGUCUGGAAGAAGCUGGAGGAGAACGUCUCCUCCUUCCCUGUGAUCCUGGACCCCAACACCGCUGGCCCCGAUCUCCACCUGUCUGAGGACCUGACCAGCGUGAGACGUGGAGCGAGACAGCAGCUCCCUAAGAACAAUUAGAGGCGGAAGUAUGGCAUGCUGGGAUCUGAGUCCCUUGAAUCAGGAACCCACACCCAGGCCUCCAUCCUGGCCCAAUUUUUAUAUGGGGGAAAUUAGAAGAGAAUCAACAACAAGCCUGCACCUUAUGGCCUCACGCACAAUGCCAACUCCAAGGCAUAGAUUUUAAAAAAUAUUAAAAAAUAAAAGGUUUAUUUUGUAGUAUAUCAGCCAUUGUAGGCCUACUAUAAUUAUAUGAUGUCUGUCUGUCUGUCUGUCUGUCUGUCUGUCUGUCUGUCUGUCUGUCUGUCUGUCUGUCUGUCUGUCUGUCUGUCUUAACAAAUAAUUAACACUUAGAAAUUGACAAACAUCAUUAUAACAAAUGCAACAUAAUGUAUUGCUAACUAAAUUUAACAGGGUUAUAUGUUGUGUAAAUGUAUUACUAAAUAAAUUGAAAAUGAUUACGUGUGGUGUAAAUGUAUUACAAAUUAAAUUGAAAAUGAUUACGUGUGGUGUAAAUGUAUUACUAAUUAAAUUGAAAAUGAUUACG